AAACAAUAAAAGUCUGUAUGAGCUAUUGUAUAACAAACCUCCCUUAUAUACUCAUCUUAGGGUAUUUGGGUGUUUAUGUUAUGCACAUUCUAAGGAUACAACAGGUGACAAAUUUGCACCGCGUGGAAUAAAAUGUGUGUUUUUGGGUUAUGCUUACACACAAAAGGGUUGGAAGGUAUAUGAUUUAGAAAAGCGUCGGCAUUUUAUUUCUCGUAAUGUGAAGUUUAUUGAAUCCAUUUUUCCAUUCAAAACGGUGGAAAACUAUUCUGGCUGGACACAUGAUUUAGUCCAUGAACGAGAAGCUGCUUCUGGAGAAAGCACACAGGAGCUUGAGCACUAUAUACGCACUUUGGGUGAUUCAUCAACUUAUCCAGGCACGUGUGAAGAUAAUGUUAAUCCACCAUCCCAAGAAUCUAGAAGCAUACAAAAUAUGGGGUCCCAGGAAGCAAAGCACGACACCACGCACAUGCAUGCAGAACAUCAUGCUUCGGUUACUUCACAAGCGGAUACACAAGAUGCGGGACCCACUGAAAAUCUCUCAACCCACUCACAUGGGGCAAACCCAAGUUGCCGUGGAACACGACAACGGCAAAAACCAAUUUGGCAUGACGACUAUGAAGUCCAGAUGAACACCGUGAAAAUAAACUCCUCCACUGUCGUUGACUCACACCCGUCGGUUGAAUCAGGUACUCCGUAUUCCAUAUCCCAUUAUGUAAAUUAUAAUCAUUUUUCGGUUCCGCACCGUGCUUUUCUUGCAGCUAUAUCAGCAGGUCGAGAACCAUCCAGUUUUAAUGAGGCUGUACGCGAUCCACAGUGGCGAACAGCUAUGAGUCGUGAGAUUGCAGCUCUCGAACGGACAGGUACCUGGCGUAUUCAAGAUCUGCCACGUGGCAAGAAGGCCAUUUUUUGCAAAUGGGUGUACAAAAUUAAAUAUAAAAGUGAUGGAUCGGUGGAACGCUACAAAGCACGAUUUGUUGUUUGUGGCAAUAGACAAGUGCAGGGAAUUAAUUACAGUGAGACAUUCGCUCCGGUUGCUAAAAUGGUAACUGUUCAUACCAUUUUAGCGGUAGCAGCUUCAUGUCACUGGGAGCUUCAUCAUAUGGACGUGGACAAUGCAUUUCUUCAUGGGGAUUUAAAUGAGGAAGUCUACAUGCACUUGCCCCCGGGAUACUCAGCUUCCUCCCCCGGCAAGGCAAUGACCAUGAUAUGAUUGUGGCGUUUAAGAGAUUUUUAGCUGGUACGUUUCCAGUAAAAGAUUUGGGCAUAAUGAAGUAUUUUUUGGGUAUUGAAAUUGCCCGCAAUCCUACCGAGAUAUUCUUGUGUCAGCGUAAAUAUGUGUUGGACAUUUUGUCCGAAACAGGAUUGACCGGGGCUCGACCUGUCUCUUUUCCUAUGGUGCAGAACCAUAAAUUGCAGUCGGCUACUGGGCCUAAUUUUUCUGAUCCGGAGCGCUAUAGGCGAUUAGUUGGCAAACUAAUUUAUCUUACUUUGACCCGGCCGGACAUUAGUUAUUCUGUUCAUAUUCUAUCUCAGUUUAUGCAAUGUCCUAAGGUGGAGCAUUGGGAGGCUAUGUUACGUGUUCUACGCUAUCUUAAGGGCCACCCGGGUCAAGGCAUUUUAUUGCGGUCCGAUUCCUCUCUCACUUUGACCGGGUUUUGUGAUGCUGAUUGGGCUAGCUGUCCAGUAACACGUCGCUCUGUGACCGGCUAUUUUGUCUCACUUGGUCAUUCCCCUAUAUCCUGGCGUACCAAGAAACAGGCCACAGUUUCUCGCUCCUCAGCAGAAGCUGAGUAUCGAUCCAUGGCUGCCUUAACAUGUGAACUUAUCUGGCUACGCAACCUGCUACGGUGUUUGGGGGUUGUGCAUUCUUCACCUAUACCACUUUAUUGUGACAAUCAGGCCGCUCUGCAUAUUGCUUCCAAUCCAGUGUACCACGAGCGGACCAAGCACAUAGAACUUGAUUGUCAUUUUAUUCGAGAUCAUAUACAGGCUGGAACUAUCUCUCCCUCUUAUACAUCCACUACUGAACAGCCUGCUGAUUUAUUAACUAAAGCACUUGGAGCAUCUCAGUUUUCUUAUUUGCUGGUCAAGAUGGGCAUUUGUGAUCCCUAUGCUCCAUCUUGAGGGGGGUGUUGCUAUGCCCAUUUAUUGUACAUUUAUUUUGGGUUACAUUUUUUUGUUCCUAGUACGUACAUGUGAUUAGUUUUUGCAUUUGAUUAGGAUUGUUGUACAUAGCCGUAGCUUUGUUUUUUUCCCGAUUCUUUAGCAUAGCAAGUAGCGAAUAGAAGACAUCUUCUGGCUGGAUGAAUUGUAUAUAGGCGCAGGCCUCAACUGGGUUCAUUCGAUUCAAUAGACAGCAAAAUUAUU